AUGAAAGGAUAUAAUCUCGAGGACAACAAGACUCUUAUUGGAAAUUGGUAUGAAGAACGCGAAAAUCAGGCAGCUGAACAGCAAAUGAAAACACGUAGCCUUGAGGGAGAAUCCAAACCAGCACAAAUCGAUCAUAGUGAGUACCAGAUUUCAUAUUGCAGCAGAGAUUUAAACAAACAAACUGAGCAGACACAGCCAAAGCCAGGAAUGAAAGUCCGGAAAGUUCCUCCGCGUCAAGCAAUGAUGGAAAGGCAAGCAGCACGUGAGAUUACACGUGAUAUUCAAAACGAGCAGCUUGCUGCAGAAGAUCAUAAGAUGUACUUCACUCGUGGCAAAUUCUUAGAAGAAUUACCAGCAUAUGAUCCAAAUCUUAAGGUAGACUAUCUCGAUGACCCAGCUAUUACAUUGUAUACUGAAACUAAUAAGCAAAAGGGUAGAAAUAGCAAAUUUACAACACCAAUUGAUCAAUAUCUUGGUCACUCUAAGAGACAUGAUGAGGAAACUCAUCUCAAAGGACAAAAUACUGAGAUUUAG